AUGUCUAACAUGAGUAAUCUUGAAAAUAUGAUAGCCAAGUGAGGACUAAUAUCAUUUUUAUCCGAUAUGAUUUUGAUUAUCAGUGACGUGCUGAACAUUUUUAUACUUAAGGCAAAAAAAAAUAAAAUAGGAUCCAAUCACCCAACCAAAAUAUAGAUUUUUUGUAUAAUAAUUUUAUAUUAAAAAUAUCAAUAUUUAAUAUUAUAUAUCUAUAAAUACCUACCUUCUUUGCAGCAAAAACUUUAUUUGACUACAGUAACUACAAAAUAUAGACUAUCAUAUUCGUGUAUCGUGUUAUAUUAAUAAUAUAAUACAAAAAACUAAAAAGGCAUCUCUGAUCUCUAAAAUAGUUAAUCUUAAUCAAUAUUCAACAUAUUUAGUGACUUACUCACCCAUUUCAGCCAUGAGACAGUUGACUCAAAAAAAAUAAUUUCGGCACGCCACUGUAAUGAUUAUACACCAAUGAUCAAUGCUUGUAUAAUAUAUUGUUUUUAUUUCAUAGCUAUGAUUGCGAACUUAAACCUUGCCACGGUUUGCUGUUGAUGGACGAACGGAAAAACUUGUUGGACAAAUUACAGCAGAAAGGACACGGGGCCAAUUCGUCGGUCGUUCAAUUAAUCAACGCGUAUAAUCCGACCAAAAAUCUGCAAACAAUAUCUGCCCAUUCAAAUCUUACUUUAAAUGAGGUUAGAAAUGAAAGAAAAAAAAACAUAAUUUAUAAAUAAAAUCAAAAUCUGUGCUAAACAUUAAUCAUAAUAUACCUAUACUAAUGAUACUAUACAUUGUUUACAGGCGUUUAAAGUAGUUAAAUAUUUGAUUUAUUGGGGUUACGCUAUUGUAAUGUUCCCGUUGGCUGAAACAAAUUUUUACGCCCUAUCACCGACAUUUCCAGUCGAGAAUGCUGAUACGUUGACCAAUCGGUUCAGUAACGCGUUUCCCGGUCACAAUUUGUUGAAUGUAAUUAUUUUAGUCAUUUUUAUAAUAUUGUGAUAUUAAACACUGUGUAAUAUUAUUAUUGGCCAUCAUAUUUAUACACGCGUUUUGUUAUUUUAAUUAGGUGAUGCAUUUAUUUUGCACUCCGGCGUCUUUAAGACACAUGAUGAAAUGCGUGGACAAAUACAUUACCACCGGGGUGGUGAUCACCGAAAUGAUAAUUUGGCUAUUACGCCACAGAAUUCUGACGCAAUUCCACAUAUAUCUCAAUCACGUAUCAGUUGUCAAUGAGAUUGUAAGUGCUGCAGUAAUAUUAACACUCUAAAUUAAUAUAGAUAAUAAUAAUAAUAAUAAUUGAAAUAUAAUAUUUGUAUAGGAGGAGGCCGAUUCCGGUUUCCAACCAAACACGAUGCAUCAGUUGUAUUUGUCCAACGGAUAUUACGAUUCAACCUCAACGGCUUUCCCGUUUCAAAGGAAAGAACGAAACAUUUUUGAACAAUUUACACAUUCAACAAUAAUGCAGGAUCCAGAGGAUUUGAGCCUGCUCAUGGAGUUCCUUCAAAGAAAUUAUUUGUGUGGCCAAUAUCAUAUUGAAGAAAUCGCGUUUUUAGAACGUGUUCAACCGGCGGUUAUACUUAAAUUAUUGAACAGUUUCCAAGACGUGAUCAAAGUUUACAAUAUGGAAGAUAAGAAAGUAUUACAUUGCAAUGACAUCAAAAAUCGCAUCGACGCGAGUCGUUACGUUAAUUUAAUAUGA